AUGAACAGCGACAUUCUGAACUAUCCGCUGAGCCGAAAUUUGUCCGUCAAGCUAAUCGGGCAGUUCAUCGGCCACGAGGGCAUCAAUAUUUACAAAAUCGAACGGGAAAACGGAGUGGCGCUGGACAUUUGGCGCGACGAAACCGACGAGUCGUUCGUUCGGAUAACCGGGCCGUACUGGAAUCUGAAAAUGGCGCUGAACGACGUCUGUUUGCUGGUCUCGGAGAUUCGCAACAACAAUCGCGAGUACAACUUCGUGAUUCCGACGAAGGACGUCGGCUUCCUCAUUGGUGGGUCUCAGAAACAGGUUCAGCACCCAAUUUCCAAUAUGUUGGCGUACUUUUUCAUUUAUUAUGCACACGCAUUCUUUGUUCUUUUGUGUGUAAGUGUCGGCGUGAACAGUGAAAUAGAAUAACUGGCCCUUUUAGCGGGUCAGAAAGAGGUUCCUCGCAGUUGUUCUCUUCCUUUCAUAAAUUGUCCCAUUUACAGGCAAGAAUGGCGCGAAAAUCAACGAAAUCAAGUUGAGUUCGGGCGUCGACGUGCACUUCGACAAGGGUGGCGAUGGCGAGGACAGCAAAGUGAUUGUAACUGGUAAUCUACCAAAAGUUUCACUGAAAAACCAACGGGAAUCCAAUUUUCAGGCAACUACCAGACGAUUCUGACCGGUCUACGCUUGGUUUUCGAUCGAUUUAACUCAAAAGGACAGAAAAGUCUGUAUGAGAACCCACGGACCCGCCAAUUCGCCGAAGCUGUCAUGGAAUCCUUUUAA